AUGCCCAACGGGGCUGCAGGUGUUAUGGCGGAGGAUCAACAGCAGCUGCAGCGUCCCUGCCAGCCAGCCAGCGUUCCUGCCAGCCAGCCAGUGUUCCUGUCAGCGUUCCUGCAAGCCUGCCAGCGUUCCUGCCAGCCAGCCAGCGUUCCUGCCAGCCAGCCAGCGUUCCAGCCAGCCAGCCAGCGUUCCAGCCAGCCAGCCAGCCAGUCAGCAUUCCUGCCAGCCAGCCAGCGUUCUUGCCAGCCAGCCAGCGUUCCAGCCAGCCAGCCAGCGUUCCAGCCAGCCAGCCAGCGUUCCAGCCAGCCAGCCAGCCAGUCAGCAUUCCUGCCAGCCAGCCAGCGUUCCUGCCAGCCAGCCAGCGUUCCUGCCAGCCAGCCAGCGUUCCAGCCAGCCAGCCAGCGUUCCAGCCAGCCAGCCAGCGUUCCUGCCAGCCAGCCAGUGUUCCAGCCAGCCAGCCAGCAAGUCAGCAUUCCUGCCAGCCAGCCAGCGUUCUUGCCAGCCAGCCAGCGUUCCAGCCAGCCAGCCAGCGUUCCAGCCAGCCAGCCAGCGUUCCUGCCAGCCAGCCAGUGUUCCUGUCAGCGUUCCUGCCAGCCAGCCAGCGUUCCUGCCAGCCAGCCAGUGUUCCUCCGAGUUGCCAGUGGUGACAGCAUCCUAGCGGCUGGAGGGGUGGAGGUCCAUAGCCACAAAAGUGGUGCCACAUUGGGGCAGAAGAGCGGUGGUGGCGGGGACGACAGCAGUGUAGCAGUGGCAGCUGAGGUGGCAGUAGCUCAUGCUGCCAUGAGCCUCAUUGUUGUGGGCGAGGGAUGA